AUGUCUUUAGACCAGGAUAAACAAUUUCAAGAUAUCAAAAGAUUAAAUGCAAAUGAUGAAAAUAAUCUAAUUAAUAGGAGAAAAUCAAUCACCGAGCAAGAUAUUGCUAUGGAUGGUGAAAGAAUUGAUGUGAUUGUUACAUCAACCUCUACCACCACUACCACUACCACUACAACAACAAAAAGUGCUACAACUGCUAUUGAUGAUGAAAAUGCUGCUACCAUUACCACUGCCACCACUACUGUUGAUAAUGAUACGGACCUCAACAAUAUGGAUAACAAUAUUAUUCAGUCUAUGGAAGAUACACAAACAACUAUUUUCUCUAAUAAGGAUUUGAAUGAUUCUUUACCGCGUUAUGUCAAAAUAUUACAAAGAAAAUUAAAAUUUAGAUAUCAUCGUACUGAUGAUGAUUUUAUAUCGUAUUUUGAUGAUGUUGAUUUCGAUAGAAGACCUUCUAUCUUAGAUGGAUCCAUUAAUGAACCAUUCCAUUUAGGAUUUAAAGGUCCUACCUUAGAGAAAGAGAUCAAGAAUAAGGAAAAAACGAGAAGAAAAAAAUUAAGAGCCAUUAGUAAAACAAGUAAUGAGUUACCAGAUUUAACUGAAAGUGAAACUUUUGAGAUUAAUGAUUUUACUCAUUUCCAUACAAACUUUGCUGGACUAUAUGUAGCAUUAUGGAUGUCAAUCGGAUGUGGUCUUGUUAAGGUGUUAUUCAAUUUCUAUUGGACCAAUAAUAAUUCUUUAAUGGAUAUACCAAUCAUCAAUUUUAUGACCACUGAUCUAUUUUUAGUAGGUGCUCUUGAUUUUUCAUUUUAUUUGGCUACGUAUUUCAGUUUUUUUAUACAAUGGCUUUGUAAAAAAGGAAUAAUAAAGUGGCGUCCAUUCGGAAGAACUAUUAUGAUCAUUUUUGAAUUCUUAUUUUUCCUCUCCGGAAUCUUAAUUCCAGAACACAUCUUUGGUUUACAUUGGAUUGCCAAGAUUUUCCUUUUCUUACAUUCCUUAGUAUUAUUAAUGAAGACCCAUUCUUAUACUUUUUACCAUAGCUAUUUAUGGGAUUUAUGGAAGGAAUUACACUAUUCAAAGGGUAAAUUAAAAAAAGUUACGGAGAAAAAUGAAGAAAAGUUAGAUGAUAAAACAAUUGAAAUCCUUGAAAAAUCUCUGAAUUUCUGCAAGUUUGAAUUUAAAUUGCAAUCAGAAGAAUCUAAUGGUGUCAUGGUAAAGUUUCCUGAGACUAUCACAUUCCAUAACUAUUUUAUGUUUACUAUGUUCCCAGUUCUUGUUUAUCAGACCAGGUAUCCACGAACAGAUAGGAUUAGAUGGAAAUAUGUGGCAGAAAAAGUUUGUGCAAUUUUUGGUAUCAUUUUUAUUAUGAUGGUAAAUGCACAAGUAUUUAUGUAUCCAAUUGCAGUGGAAGCUAUUGAGGUUAGAGAUGCUCCAUGGACUUCUUUAUUGGAUCGUUUGCUUAAAUGGGGACAAAUAAUGGUUGAUAUUGUUCCAAGUUUUAUUCUCAUGUAUCUUUUAACAUUUUAUUUGAUUUGGGAUGCAAUAUUAAAUUGUAUUGCAGAAUUGACAAGAUUUGGGGAUCGUUAUUUCUAUGGUGACUGGUGGAAUUGUGUUAAUUGGGGGGAGUUCUCACGUAUUUGGAAUAUUCCAGUUCAUAAAUUUUUGUUAAGGCACGUUUAUCAUAGUUCAAUCUCUGCAUUCCAAUUGACAAGAGGCCAAGCCACUUUUAUGACAUUUUUAUUAAGUGCAAUUUUCCAUGAGUUAGCAAUGUAUGUGAUUUUUAAAAGGCUGAGAUUUUAUUUAUUUUUCUUUCAAAUGUUACAAUUACCGUUAGUUGCUUUGAGUAAUUCCAAAUUAUUAAGAGAUAGACCAAUUAUUGGGAAUGUAUUCUUUUGGAUGGGUAUUUGUUUAGGACCGAGUGUUAUGUGUAGUUUGUACUUGACUAUUUAA